AUGCGUCAAAACCUACCGACACAAUCCGUUGCCAACGGUGAUGGACAGGAUUUGUACCUUCCCGACAACAUGCUCGCUCGCCACCCCAGCAAGCCUCAUAUCGGCAGCCUGGAGGAGUACCAACAGAUGCACCAGCUCUCCGUGACGGAACCUGAUGCUUUCUGGGGAAACCUCGCCCGCGACCUUCUCACGUGGGAGCGUGAUUUUCACACCGUCAAGAGCGGCUCUCUCAUCGAGGGCAACCCUUCUUGGUUUCUGGGCGGAAAGCUGAACGCUUCUUUCAACUGCGUGGACCGCCAUGCGCUCAAGAACCCCAACAAGGUCGCCAUCAUUCACGAGACUGACGACGGCACCAAUGGCAAGUCCAUCACCUACGGAGAGCUUCUUAAGCAGGUCAGCAAGGUUUCAUGGGCUCUUAAGGAUCUCGGCGUGAAAAAGGGCGACACCGUUGCCAUUUACAUGCCCAUGAUUCCUGAGGCUCUGGUCGCCAUCCUCGCCUGUACCCGUAUCGGCGCUGUUCACUCUGUCGUUUUCGCUGGAUUUUCAGCUGGUUCCCUGAGGGAUCGCGUCGAGAACGCCAAGAGCAAGGUUGUCAUUACCGCUGACGAGAGCCAGCGAGGUGGCCGAACGAUCGGUAUCAAGAAGAUUGUUGACGAGGCCCUGUCGACUCUCGAGGGCGUUCAGACUCUCGUUUUCAAGAGAACCGGUGCCGAUGUCGCUUGGGUCGAGGGACGGGAUCACUGGUGGCACGAGCAAGUCGCCAAGUGGCCCAGCUAUAUCGCCCCCGAGGCCAUGGACGCUGAGGAUCCUCUCUUCCUCCUUUACACCUCUGGAUCAACCGGCAAGCCCAAGGGUGUCUUGCACACAACUGGUGGUUACCUCGUCGGAGCAGCCGCCACGGGCAAGUACGUUUUCGACAUUCACGACCAGGACCGAUACUUCUGCGCAGGCGAUGUUGGUUGGAUCACAGGCCACACCUACGUUGUGUACGCACCUCUUCUCUUGGGUGUCUCUACCGUUGUUUUUGAAGGAACACCAACUUUCCCUAACGCUUCUCGUUUCUGGGAUGUUAUCGCCAAUCACAAGAUCACUCACUUCUACGUUGCACCUACUGCUCUCCGCCUGCUGAAGCGAGCUGGUUCCGAUCCUGUUGAUCACGACACCAACAGCCUUCGUGUUCUGGGCUCAGUUGGUGAGCCUAUUGCUCCCGAGAUUUGGAAGUGGUACUACGACAUUAUCGGAAAGGGCAACUGUUACAUUGUUGACACUUACUGGCAAACUGAGACUGGUUCUCAUGUUGUUACUCCCCUGGCUGGUGUCACGCCUACCAAGCCUGGAUCCGCAUGCUUGCCCUUCUUCGGUAUCGACACUGUUCUGAUUGACCCCGUCUCUGGUGUCGAGCUGCAAGGAAACGGCGUCGAGGGCGUUCUCGCUUUCAAGUCUUCAUGGCCUAGCAUGGCUCGCACAGUCUACGGUGACCACCAAAGAUUCGAGGAGACCUACCUCAAGGUUUACCCAGGUUACUACUUCACUGGUGACGGAGCUGCCCGUGAUGAGGAUGGCUUCUACUGGAUCCGUGGCCGUGUUGACGACGUCAUCAACGUUAGCGGUCACCGUCUCUCAACCGCUGAAAUCGAAGCCGCCAUGGUUGAGCACGCCGCUGUUGCCGAGUCCGCCGUUGUGGGUGUUGCUGACGAAGUCACUGGUCAAUCCGUUAUCGCCUUUGUCUGCCUCAAGGAGGCUUUCCGUUCCAAGGAGACCGAAGUUCACGCCGAGCUGAGACUGCAGGUCCGCAACAGCAUCGGCCCCUUUGCCGCCCCCAAGAAGAUCUUUGUUGUGCCCGAUCUUCCCAAGACUCGAUCCGGAAAGAUCAUGAGACGUGUCUUGAGAAAGAUUGUCAUGGGUGAGGAGGAUCAGCUUGGCGAUAUCAGCACACUUUCUGACCCUUCGUGUGUCGAGAAGAUUAUUACUAUUGUCAAGAGUGGUUAA